GCCCCCUCUCGUUCACUCUGUCGUUGCCCUCUGUCACCUAGGCCCCUCCGGUUAGGCUAGCGGUCGUGCUGGCUUCGUUGCGCGGCCCUAUGCUAGUGGUACGCGCGUUAUUCUUCGUUUCCUGGUAUGCCGCGUACGUAUCGGCAUGGUUCCUGGCCAAUGUCACCGUUGACGACACGAACGGGGAUGUGGCUACGGGAGCAUAUUUUGCCUACUACUCACCCGAGGGCUCCUGGAGUGACGAGGCGAACUGCACAGAGGCUGAUAUGGGCACUGCCUGCCCCAGCGCUGAAUAUGCCUACGACGGAACUUGGCAUGCCACUGGACCCGGAGUUUCCAGCGCGGAAAUAUCCUUCACUGGAUCGGGCUUCUAUGUCUAUUGUAUUAUUAACAGCAACAAGAGCACAGACCUGACUUUCAUGAUCGAUGGCGAGACUGAGGGCACAUACCAGCAAGGGACAGACACCUCCGAGUCCGCGUCCAUCUCCUACGAUGUCCUGGUGUAUGCGAAUGACUCACUCCCCUGGGGAACACAUACCUUCACUCUCGUGAGCGGGGCGAACACCCAAGGAGAAUCACUGGCGAUUCUGGAUUACAUUACGUAUACUGCUCGUGUGGAUCUGUCAACAGACACUACACCAGGUAGUCAGAAGUCGAGUCAGACGCGGGCCAUUGUCAUUGCUGUCGUCGUGGUGGGCAUCGCGGUCCUACUCGCACUCGGCGCUGUUGUCUACUACCUCAGAAAGCGCCCCUAUAAGGGGUACGGACCUCCAGUAGACCGCUUCCUGUGCAAGCGAGGGUCAGGACGGGCCAACAUUACUCGAGCACCCGUCGACUUGGCUCAAAAUGUCUGGGACGAUCGUGGGCCGCGAAACCAGCGGUCAACGUCUAGCUUGAGGAAGGGGCUGUUGAGUCAGGAGCACGGAUCACGGCUUCAAGCUCCACCACCCACUAUGGUCAGCACGGGAUCGACUGCGAGUGUCAACGAGAACUCGGUUCCUACGACCAUUGAAGACAACAGAGCUGUCGUAGAAUCAGUCCCCCGUAUAGCCGUCCCGCCGCCUGCAGCCUCACAAGCGACCACAACCCAGAGCGACGCAAGCGGCCCCACAUUAGCUCGGCACGGCCUCCAUUCUGCCGCUCCCCAGCUCGUCGUUACGAUACCUCAGCGCGUCGGUGAUGUGGUCGCAGAGAAUCCGUCCCACCCUUCGACGGCCGAUACGCCCCCGCCCCUUCCUCCGAAGGGGUCAGCACCUGGCGGCAUGCAGAAGAAAUGGCCUGUCACUUCCCGUCGGUUCACUCCCCCCAACGGGCAUCAGUCGACCCCACCCACCGCCUUCCCGCAGCCUAUUACUCCCCCAAUCAGGAGAGGCAGGCGACCGAAGUCCGAGAUCGCCUCGCGAUCGGAUGGGUCGUCCAACCUACGGCAGCCAUCUGCGAAACGGUUCUCGACCGCGAAUAGCACGGCGACGCCGAGUACGGGCCAGCGCAGCAGCAGCGGCAUGAUCGCGAGCGACCGGACCACGCCGAGCACGCCGACGAGCAUGGCGCCGAGCGGGUUCUGGAUGGACAACAUGAGCUCGCCCGACCUGCCUGCGCGCGCGGACAGCGUGAAGACGAUCAACACGAUGCCGAUGACGGGCAGGAUCUGCGAUCGGCUCCUCGGGAACGUGUACGUGGACAUGACCCCGCUGCCGGACAUGACGAACUUCUCGCUGCGCUCGGACACGGGCAAGUCGAGCGACACCGCGUCGCAGAGUCCUGGUACUGUGCAUACGAGCAGUACGUCGCCUGCGAGUAAUCCGAGUACCACUUCGCCGACGGCUGUUAUCGCCGCGCUGGAGCCUGUACCGAUGGUGGAUACCAGGAGGGGGGUUGUCGAUAGCCCGAUCUCACUCCCGAAUAGCCCGAAUAUCCCGCUACUCGCAGCUACCCUGCAAGUUGUCACCACUGCAGAGUUGGUGGGCAGCAACCCCUACGGCAGUAGCGCUGUGCCUGCAAGCGCUCCCCUUCAACUUCCUAGUGAAUAUACCGAAUCUCGAGAUCAAGCCUCUGAGGCCCCUCUUACGGAACCCGAGGAUGCCAAACCACCGGUAUCGGCCGAGACCACGGUCGUCUCUGCGCCUCCGGAAGACGACGUUGCACCAUCGGGCGAUGUCCUGCGUCCGAGUAGCCCUGAGCAUUCAAUAGGCGCAGACUCUCAACAGGCGACUGCUCCCCUUGAACCAGACACUGUGGAUGCUACGUUUGGUCACAGUCCGCCACCGCCGGACGCCCUAGUCGUUUCUCCGGUCGUCGCCGUGGACGUCGCGCACGGUACACAUGAAGACCAACCCCAGACCAAGUCCCACCCUCGAGAGGAGCAGGUUCUUCCAAACCCUGUCCCACCGCCGGAAAGCAGCGACCCAUUACCCCGUUUGACGAUUCCUCGUCAAGAGGGGGAACGACUACGGAAGCUGCCACCUCUUCCCCUGCACUUGAUGUCGCGCCUCACUACUGUGCACGAGGAUGCAGUCAGCCCGCGCUUCAUCAGGCCCCUCCCCCGACCGCUCGUGCAACCCGACAGUGAUCGCAUAAUGAGUGCGUCUUCGACGACCUCAGACUUCUCUGCGGACAACGCAGAGGUCAUCGUUGGUGAACGUUUGAACGUCUCAUCUCUCUUGCGACCCUCCUUCGAGGCUGUUACACAGCGCACUAGUGACUCUACACGAGUAUCGCCGAGUCUUCGACCUGACAUGCCGACUCAAUCGGGAUCCAGCGAUGCAUCAUCUCUGUCGAGCAGACCCAUCGUCUUGACACGCGAGGGCAGUACUAGUUCUGCUAGCACGAAUUCAAUCCCAAAUCGGCCGCUAGACACCCACAUACCGAAGUUCUGGUCCCAGAACUCUCCCGUGCUCACGGAGAGCUCGAGUAUGCCGUCGCCACGGGCGCUACCGCUGAUACCCAAUCGGCAUCCCGGUGUAGUGCUGGGGACUAUGCUUUUGCCCAGCGAAAGCGACUUGCAGUCGUCGUCUGAUGUACCUUCGCCCCAAAGCAGCGUGAGGACGACUCAAACUGUUCCUCUGGCGCCGAAUCGCCAUCCUUCGAUGACAGCCCCUAUGGGUCCUAGGGCGGCGACCCCGAACGAACGUGUGGCGGCAUAUCCGUCGCAGGCCAGAGAAAAGCUGCAAAACCGGUUCGGACUGUGAGGGACUGCGUCCCGGCGCGUGGUAAUGGACACGGCGACAUGCU